UAAAUAUAACGUGUUAUUCAAUAUCCUAUUGCGUCGUUUUAUUUAUGUUGUGUUUGACUUUCAACGAAAGCCCGUUAUCGCUCUAAUUGUGAACGAUUCAGUGCACGGAAUGCAUAAAAAUUAAAUUUGACCGUGAUAUAAAGAUAUAGAUGCAACAGUUAGACGCGGUGUAUCUAGGAAUGGAAGACCACAACCAAGGGGAACUUUCCCUUCUAUCAGACCUUAGCGAAAAUAAUAUAUUAAAUGUUUUGAAGAAUAGGCACCAUCAAGAUAAGAUAUAUUCACGAUGUGGUGAUAUUUUAAUAGCUGUUAAUCCAUACAAAACCGUGCCAAAAUAUGACAAACGGCAUCAUGAACGGUAUCACUGGAGAAAACCGAUAUCCCAAGAAGAGCCACAUAUAUAUGCUACAGCAGCAUUGGCUUACCAAAGACUUCGUGAGACUCAGACAGACCAGAUUAUAUUAGUAAGCGGAGAAUCGGGGGCUGGCAAAACCGAGUCUACCAAACACGUCAUAGAGCAUUUAUUAGAAAUGUGUGGAAACACCUAUGGCGAUUUACAUUCACGAUUGAUACAGAUUAAUCCUCUGAUGGAAGCAUUUGGAAAUGCAGAAACUACAUUAAAUGAAAACUCAAGUCGUUUCGCCAAGUUUAUACAAAUCAAGUUUAAUUUAAUUGGAGGGGUAAAAGGGGCUACUGUAACUGAUUACCUCUUAGAGAAAAGUAGAGUCGUUCAUCGACCAGCUCGAGAAUUGAAUUUCCAUAUAUUUUAUUAUUUCCUGGCUGGAAUAAAACCAGCACUCAAGAAAGACCUUUAUUUAGAUAAAGAAGAUUUCAGAAUUGCUAAUAAUUGGUUUAGACAUGCUAAAAGAUAUUCACACCAGUAUGAAGAAUGUAUACGUAUAUUGACACUGUUAGAAUUAUCAUCAGAAGAUAUAGACGCUGUGCAUGUUAUUUUAGCCGCUAUAUUACAUAUAACAGAGAUUCAAUUUGACGAUGACGUAUCAAUUGGUGUUAUAGUUUCUAAUGAAGACGAAAUGAUAAAAGCGGCUAAUUUAUUACAGUUGGAUGUUAAAGAAUUUGCCGAACGACUUGUUUCUGAACGAGUGCACAUAGGAGGCGAAGAUAUCACUAAGCUAAAAAAUAUGCAAGAAGCUGAGAAUGGUAGAGAUGCACUAGCCAAAGCUUUAUAUGAACGUUUAUUUGGUUGGUUGAUCAGAAGAAUCAACUUAUCUUUACAACCGACAAAGGCAAUGAGAGACCAGUGCCAGGAAAGUGUUGGUAUUUUAGAUAUAAGUGGAUUUGAAAUCAUGCGUAACAAUAGUUUGGAACAAAUGUGUAUAAAUUUGGUUAAUGAACAUCUGCAAAAUUUUAUGAACCAUCAAGUAUUUAAACAAGAAAAGGAAAUAUAUGAAAGUGAAGGUUUAAUUCUAAGCGUUAAUACCUACCCAAACAAUACAGAUAUAAUUGACUUGUUUGAUAAGAACACACAUGGCAUACUUGAUUUAAUCGAUGAAGAUACCAAACUUUCACACGCUACCAAUGAGUCGAUGAUCAGAAAAAUAUCACAAUAUUAUUCAUCACACAAUCGAUAUAUCACUAACACUUAUGAAAUGCCGGAGUUCGGUAUCAAACAUUUUGCCGGAGAGGUCCAUUAUGAUGCCUCACAGUUCCGUGAGAAAAAUGGAGAUAAUUUAAGUAAAGGUUUAUCAGAUUGUAUUAAAGCGAGUGAGAAUUAUCUAAUCUGUGAUUUAUUUCAAGCUGAACCAUCCUCAAUUACCGGUUCUAUAUCAGCGACAGCUUUCAAGUAUAGACAGUCAAAUAGGGGACAAGCUAUGGGUAUGAAACCUAUAGCUGGAUCGGCUAUUACAAAAACAGCAUUGCAUGAACUACGAAAUACAGUUGGUAAAAGUAAAGUCUCUGUUAUUGCUCCUGAUAAAGACCACAAGACGGUGCUGUCAUAUUUUAAGACCUCUAUAAAAGAUUUGUUGAGGAAGAUGGCAUCAGCCGAACCCAUCUUUAUCAGAUGUAUCAAACCUAACAUGGAAAAACGUCCAGAUUACUUCUCUAGCGAGAAGGUUCAUCGACAGCUUGUGUACAUUGGAAUUAAAGACAUAGCUAAUAUUCGUCGGCUGGCAUAUCCCUUACGGGUAAAAUAUGAAGAUUUUCGCAAACGAUAUCAAAAAAUCAUUCCAAAAUCUCCAUCUAUGCGGAGUGAUAAGGAUGUGUGUCAAAUGUUAUUGAGACAUUUUGAUCGUGAGGAAUAUCGUCUUGGAAAUACACAGGUUUUUAUGUAUGAUUGUGUCAAGAACUUUUUAGAUGGAAUCUUGAGACUGCGCGAAAUACUAACGGACUACUGUGCUCGUAAAUAUAUAACUAAAUUGAAAGAAGCCGUCAUUAGAAAGAAACUGAGCAGUCAAAGCAAAAUAAAACCUAAAUCAUCAGUUAGAUUCAAAAAUACGUUGGGAAAUCUAACGCCAAUAGGUGAGGUACCAACACCAUUACCAGAACCAGAUUACGAUUUUUCCUUAACUGAAGACACCGAUGCGGAUUUAUAUGCAAAAUUCUCUGAUACUAAUAAUAGCAACGAUACAAAUAACAAUGAUUAUUUUGGCGACGAUGACAAUGAAGAGGAAGAUGAGGACAACAAAUAUUGGGACACAUUUGAAAUUGUAGCGCGUGAUAAACAAGAGACAGAUAUGAACAACCACCAGUUGUUACGGUGUAUUAAAAUCUUUCUUUAUGGCUUCCUGUUCCUGCUGUUGUUAGGUGGCUGUGUAUUGCAGAAGCUAACUCUAGUGUCAUCCAUUGCUAACUUUCCAAGAAGGAAAAUGUCAGAGGGAAUGAAAGGAAAGGAACAAUUUGCCUUUUUGAUGAACUGUAUACUGGUGAUAUGUAUGCCAUAUGGAUUAAAUGUUAUAGUUAGUACACUGAAACUCUUGUUCGGAAAUUUUAAAAGACCCGGAGGCGUAACUUUAGUAGUGGUAUUGGUAAUGGAAUCUCUACAUACAUUCGGUCUCAGUUUAAUUGUGUUCGGUAUUUUACCGAUGGUCCAUGGGAUGAUACGACUUCUCUUAUUGUCUGCAGUUGCCAUAGUACCAUCUAUUAUGCACUUGAUUACUGCUACGCAUAAAGCUAGUCGCGUGGCCCCUGUGGCUAAAUGUUCCGGCAAUAAAUGUGGAAAAGCAGUAUCUACAAUUCUGGACAUUUUCUGUAUAAUUGGCCAAAUGUCGGUUAUUCCAAUUUUAGCUAUACUAUGGUCACCAGCAGAAAACCAGAUCUAUGAUACACAUACCAGCGGUACAAAUAUGCUCAUCGUGUAUGCUAUGCUUAUCUUAGGUUUUAUUUGUGUAUCAUUUGAGUGGUGGGAAAAUUUUGUUGAUGAUCGUUUCCUGUGUGAUCUUAACCAGAAGAGCAAACUGCAAAACUUGUUUCUCUCUAUUCGUUUCGAGCUUCAGGAGGGUCGCCAGCAUGCUGUGGCAAUCGCAAAUAUUUUCAAGAUUGCAUUAACCAUCGCUAUGACAUAUGCGCAUUCGGUGUAUUUCGGUUACGGUGUCAAUGAGUUAGAGAACCUGUCAGAUAACUUAAGUAAAUACAUGGAAGAAUCGAGUUUGUUGGGUCCGGUUAUAUUGUUUAACAUGUGCGGUAUAGUUAUUUAUUAUGUUGGAUACAUCGCUUGUAAAUUGAAUAUGCAAAUUGUAUCUUUUUCACUGGCUUUAACGCUCGCCACGCCAACCGCCAUUGCGUUUGCUUACUUCGAUUGUAAAAAUCCCUUCUUCAAGUCCGGUUUCCUUAAUGAUACCAUCUGUGAAGGAAUACCAUUGCAGCAAAUGGUAAACGGAACCCAGAACUUGGUUCUACUGAGUGCAGGUGGUGUUGUAUGGUAUCUGUCUUUACUAUGGAUUACAAGACAUAUAUGGUUUCCAAGACAAGAACGAUUAGCUAAAUACGAAAGAAUGUUCAUUAACCCAUUGUACUGUGGUAUCUUCACUGCCGAGAACUUCAUGUUAAAUCGACGUCGACACAUGCGCCGAGUGCAGGAGAUCAUUGUACAUCACGAUAAAGGCAAAAAGAACGUUCGUCGAUCCUACACAUUGGCUAGUACUGAAAAUAAACAUGAUGACAUGUAUAAUGAGAAUAAUAAUGACGUAGAGACAGCCAGUAUGUUUACGUCAGACAAUAAGGAGACACAAGAAGAAGACAUCCCCGUCAUAUACGCAUGUGCCACUAUGUGGCAUGAAACUAGAACAGAAAUGGUGCAACUUUUAAAGUCCUUUCACAGAAUUGAUGCUGAUCAGUGGAUGAGAAGACAGGCCCAAAACUCGAGUAAAGAAACUGAUCCAGAUUUUUUCAACUAUGAAGCCCAUGUAUUUUUUGAUGAUGCCAUGGAACUAAACGAUGAUGAAGAAUGGCACGCUAAUGAUUUUGUUGCCCAAUUAGUGGAAUGUAUGCAAGAAGCUGUGAGCUCUGUCCAUAAUCAAUCUCUGAUACCGCAUCCACCUGUAAAGAUACCCACGCCAUAUGGUGGUCAGUUAAUAUACCAGAUGCCAGGGGGUAAUAAUCUAUACAUACAUAUAAAAGAUAAAAACAAAAUCAGACACAGAAAACGAUGGUCUCAGGUAAUGUACAUGUAUUAUUUACUUGGUUUUAAACUAUUGAAAGACUGUCAGGAGGCCGUUCUAGAGGAUUUCAAAGAUGAGAAGAAACGAAAAAGGAAAAAUUGGAAAUCAGGCGCUGAUCUUGGAAACCAUUUAACACAGGAAGUGAAAAACAAGUCUAAGAACACGUUUAUUUUGGCUCUGGAUGGAGACACUGACUUUUCGUCUGUAGCUGUAAGGUUGUUGUUAGAUAGAAUGAAGAAGAAUGAUAAAGCUGGUGCUGCCUGUGGUAGAAUUCACCCUAUAGGAUCAGGACCUCUUGUUUGGUACCAAAAAUUUGAAUAUGCAGUAGGUCACUGGUUGCAAAAGGCUACUGAACACGUGUUUGGAUGUGUAUUGUGUAGUCCUGGUUGUUUUAGUUUGUUUCGAGGAUCCGCACUUAUGGAUGAAAAUGUUAUGAGGAAAUAUACAAUUCUACCUAGUGAGCCUGGUCACUAUCUACAAUAUGAUCAAGGUGAAGAUAGAUGGUUGUGCACACUGCUAUUACAACAGGGUUAUCGUGUAGAUUAUGCUGCAGCUGCUGAUUCUUUUACCUACGCUCCAGAAAGCUUUAAUGAGUUCUUUAACCAGAGGAGACGCUGGAUGCCUUCAACUUUAGCCAAUAUCAUGGAUUUACUAAACGACUACAAAAAUACAGUAGCCGUCAACAAUAACAUCAGUAUACUUUACAUCAUCUACCAAGGGACUCUAAUGGUUUCUACUAUACUUGGACCAGCAACAGUAAUUAUGAUGAUUGCUGGUGCUUAUUCGGCCGUGUUUAAGCUACCGGUCGUUUACAGCUAUCUGAUUUCACUUGCCCCGACUAUAGUAUACGUCAUAAUAUGCCUGAAAUCCAAAGCCCAGACACAGUUAUUGGCAGCAGGUGUGUUAAGUACUGUUUAUGCCUUUAUAAUGGUAAUGGUGUUAGCGGGAACAAUUAUCCAAGCCGUGACGACUGACAUUCUGAAUCCAAGUGUUUUGUUCGUGCUUGCCCUAGUUUCCCUGUUCACAUUUGCCGGUUUACUUCACCCGUAUGAACUAUUCUGCCUGCCUCCAGGAGCUUUAUAUUUCAUCUGUAUACCCUCGGGAUAUUUGCUGCUCGUUAUUUAUUCGCUUUGUAAUAUGGACAACGUUUCAUGGGGAACGCGUGAAAUUCCAAAAAAGAAAUCCAAGGCUGAGUUAGCCGCGGAGGCUAAAGCUGCAGCUGAGAAGAAAAAAGAAGUUUCUUUCUUCUCUAAACUCGCCUGUAGUAGAGGCAUCGUUGAUGAUAUUAAAGAAGUUGUUCAACCAUUCGUCCUAGGUAAAUCUUCUAAAGACGAACAAGUUUUAAAAGAACUACAAUCCAUGAACCGGAACUUGAAAGAACUCUUGGGGAAGCCUGGGGAAACUGAAAAUGAUACUGACAGAAACGAUGUUCGAAUCGACGUGCCUGUGGAUCAGAUCGUAAAAGAAGAAGACGUCGAGGAGGAGGAAGAAGAGGAAGAAGAAAAACCAAAAAGAAAAACUAUUAGGCGAAACGAUCUUAUAAAUCCAUUCUGGGCCGAGGACCCACGUCUUCAGAACGGUCCUGUAGGUAAGCUUGACGAAGAAGAAUUGAAUUUCUGGCAGGAUUUUAUCAGGAAAUAUUUGAAACCCUUGGAUAAAGAUCCCGAAAAAGAAAAGAUUGUCAAAAAAAGUCUAAUAGAACUGCGGAAUAAUGUUGUAUUUAUGAUGACGGUGGCUAACCUCCUGUGGAUUGGUAUCAAUUUCAUGUUUCAGUUUGGCGAAUCAAAAGCAACUACAAUUAUAAUUAAAUACAAAAACACUAUAACGAAUAAGGAGGAAUCGCUGCCAGUUGAAAUUCUUGGACUUCUGUUUAUCUUCUUUUUUGCCAUAGUAAUAUUGAUUCAGUUUUUUGGAAUGAUCCAACACCGAUGGGGCACAUUCUUACAUAUAAUUUCCAUUACUGAUCUAAAAAAAUCGGUAGAUUUUGGAUCGAAAUUUGAAGAAACCCUUGACUUUUACAAGCAACUGCAUAUAAAUAAAAUAGUUGGCGGAAACAGCAGAACAGAGCCUCCAGAAAUGAAAGAUAAUAUCCCAGUGACUCGUUCAACGCGGGGCAACUUUUCUUCAUUCCGACAAGGCAGUUCUAUCUUAAAGCCAAUUAAUUUUGAUUUGCCGAUGGAAUAUAAUGGACGGGUUCUUCGGCAAUCUUCGUAUCAUACCAGGGGUCCUAAUUUGCGAAAAACUACAAAGGGUCUCAUAAAGAUGGCUAAACAGCAAGGCAUACAACUUAAGUACGACCUGCCUGAACCCGAUUAUAAUACAGAAGAUCUCCCGGAAGAUCCUGUUUACAAUUUCCUUAAAAAGUCCAAAGAUACAAUGAGCAAACAAUUUAGAAGAGGUUAUGAGAAUCUUAAAAGGACACGACCUCGUUCAUCUAAUAAUUAUACACAUAUAGACACUCGGUUAUAGAAAAUGUAAUUCAAACUGUGUUUACUAUAAGAGGUAAACCCCUUUGAUUUAAGUCAAAAUAAGGUUUGGAAUUCUGUUGAUCCGACGUUUUGUUGCGAUUAUUGGGGGGCAAACUCUAUACGAUUAAUUUGUUUCUAGUAACAUUGUCGGUUACAGUGUGGGCAGAGAGCAUAAAAUCAGAUAUAUUUCAACACUAGCUUUAUCUAUGGACGUAAGUUUUUAACGGAGAUAGAUUGUCCUAAAACAAAACAAAUCAAAUAUAAAACAAAAUGAAAUCGACAUUAUUAUUAUUUACCUACAGCAUGAAUGUCUAUAGUCAUCAUCCAUUUUUUAAUUCUACUGGACGUAAUUAUUAUCAGUAAGAUACAGCACCACCACCAUGAUUAAUUCUGGUCGCGAACAGUAUACCCAAAAUACUUCUGAAUAUCAAAUCCAAAUACCUGUAUGGAGUACCACUUCUGCAAAUAAUUUUAUGUGUAUUGUGUAUGUUACUGAAUUUCGCUGUUUUAAAAUUAGAAAAUAAAAGUAAAUGGAAACGGCUGCCUAAUGAGCUACACAGUAAACAUUUGUACUAAAUAGGAAUGUAAGAGUGGAAAUCAAUCGUGUUGGAAUUUUCCUUUACUUGGGUAUUGGUGAAUAUUUUCUGCAAAAAAACCCAACAAAUAUCUUAAUGGACAAUAUAAUUUUUUAAAACUAUUUCAAACGAAGAAAUAAAUCCCCAAAACGCACAUACACAGUAAGGUUGUUUGAAUUGCUUCAUCAGAGAAGAUGAACUUUCAUGUAUUAAAAUGUAUUUUGAUCAUCAACAUAGAAUUCAUUUAGCUCAUUUAAAUUUAUUGGAAAUCGAGUGUAACCAUUUUAAAGGUAUAUAAUAUCAUUAUCUAUUUUAAUAUUUAUCUCAUAAUUUAAAAUUCGGACGUGCCGAUUGCAUGUCGUUAAAUUUGUCAAAUGAUGUUUCCUUGUUAAUGUAAUUAAUUUUAGAUGAAUUGUAUCUAUACACUGUUUGUUUGUUUGUUUUGUUCAUGUUUUAAACAGUAUUCUGAUGCUAAGAAAGGGAAAUAUAAUAGUAAUAUGUUCGCCGUGCUUGUAUUGAUCACCGAUCAGAAUAAAUUAUUGAAGAAAGGGUGUUGGACCUGAAAAGACAACUCAUCCAGGAAGAAUUGGAUGUGAUGGAUUCCGCUGUUUAUCUAUAUUUAGUCAUUGCACUUAAAAUCAAUUAAAAGACUAACAUGUAUAUAAUACUUGUAAAUAAAGUAUUUGGUGUGAUACAGCGAAUAUAUAGAUUACUAAUUAUUUAUACCUUAUUUAUUAAUCGUUUUGACAUGUUAUUUUUAUGACACUCGUUUGUUUUAUAUUAGAAUUAUUGCAUAUAAUGUGUAGUCUAAUUAAAGAUGGCUUUUCGCCUACUAACUGUGUAAUUUGAUGAUAUGUUUGGAUCAAAAAUAUAUUCAACCUAAUUUA